AUGGUGGAUUUGGAGCCUACAGUCGUGGAUGAGGUGCGCACCGGCACCUAUCGCCAGCUCUUUCACCCCGAGCAGUUGAUCAGUGGCAAAGAGGAUGCGGCCAACAACUUUGCACGAGGCCACUACACCAUUGGAAAGGAGAUCGUUGAUUUGGUGCUGGACCGCAUUCGCAAACUCGCAGACAACUGCACCGGCUUGCAAGGCUUCUGCGUUUACAAUGCUUGCGGUGGCGGCACUGGGUCAGGUUUGGGAUGCCUCAUGCUGGAACGACUGUCCGUGGACUACGGCAAGAAGAGCAAGAUCUCUUUCACUGUGUGGUGCUGUCCGCAGGUUGCCACGGCGGUGGUCGAGCCGUAUAACACAGUGCUUUGCGUGCACUCCCUGUUGGAGCACACAGAUGUGACGAUCAUGUACGACAAUGAAGCAUUGUACGAUAUCUGUCGUAGGAACUUGGACAUUGAGCGCCCAACCUACACCAACUUGAACAGGUUGAUCGCCCAGAUCAUCUCCAGCUUGACUGCCUCUUUGCGCUUUGAUGGUGCAUUGAAUGUGGACAUCACUGAGUUCCAGACCAAUUUGGUGCCCUAUCCGCGCAUUCACUUCAUGUUGACCUCCUAUGCUCCGGUGAUCUCCGCGGAGAAAGCCUACCACGAGCAGCUCUCGGUCGCAGAGAUCACUAUGUCCGUCUUCGAGCCUGCGUCGAUGAUGGUGAAAUGCGACCCACGCCAUGGCAAGUACAUGGCAUGCUGCAUGAUGUACCGAGGAGAUGUGGUGCCAAAGGAUGUGAACGCAGCAGUGGCCACCAUCAAGACCAAACGCACCAUUCAGUUCGUGGAUUGGUGCCCCACUGGCUUCAAGUGUGGCAUCAACUAUCAGCCACCUACUGUGGUUCCUGGAGGAGAUUUGGCCAAGGUCAUGCGCGCCUGCUGCAUGAUUUCGAACUCCACGGCCAUUGCGGAGGUCUUCUCUCGCAUUGACCACAAGUUCGACUUGAUGUAUAGCAAGAGAGCUUUUGUCCAUCAUUACGUGGGGGAAGGCAUGGAGGAAGGUGAAUUUUCAGAAGCUCGUGAAGAUUUGGCCGCCCUUGAGAAAGACUACGAAGAAGUGGGCAUCGAAACAGCGGAGGGAGAAGGCGAGGAGGAAGGCUAUGGCGACGAGUUCUGAGUUGACUCAUCUCGUCUCGUGCUGCCGGGUUGUUCGAGCGUCGUUGUCAAAUAUGUCGGCCAUGGAUUGAUCGAUCGGUGCGCUGAAAAUCAAGUGGCCAUAUGCAUCCGAUUUGGGCACUGAAACUGGUGGAUUGAACUGAUUGAAGAGAUUGAAGUCAGGAGUUCGAACGGCAAAGCACGGUCUCAUUUGCAUGUUCAUCUCUGGCAAACACAAGAACACAUUUGUGUAUGCCGGUGACUGUCACACGUGCAUCUGCUGGUCUACCAGCGGAUUUGCGAACUGGUAAGCACGGACAAAAA